AUGGCGGAGCCGCGCGGCGGCCCCGGGCCCCCGGUGCCGGUCUCGGUGCCGGUGCCGGUUCCGGUUCCGGUGCCCGGCGGAGCCGCCCCCGCGCAGGGCGGGCCCCGCGUCUGCUUCGCGCCCGCGGCGGCGGCGGCGGCGGCACCGGAGGAGGGCCCGGGGCGGGGCCGCGGGAAGGUCACGGUGCGCUACGACCGCCGCGAGCUCCGCAAGCGCCUCCACCUCGAGGAGUGGAUCCUGGGGCAGCUCACGGCGCUCUACGACUGCCCGGAGGAGGAGAUCCCAGAGCUGGAGAUCGACGUGGACGAGCUGCUGGACAUGGAGAGCGACGGCGCCCGCAGCGCCCGCGUGCAGGAGAUCCUCGUGGACUGUUACAAACCCACCGAGGCGUUUGUGGGGGAUCUCCUGGAGAAGAUUCGGGGGAUGCAGAAACUCAACACGCCCCAGAAGAAAUGACCCCAAAACUGGGGGAAUUCCCCCCAAAAUCCAGGGGAGCCCCCAGACCUCGGGGGGACCCCCCAAAUCCCACCCCCGCCCCGAUUUUGGGGGGACUCCUCCAUUUUUGGGGUCCCCCCCUGCAAUGAUAAUCACCCCCCCCCUCCCCCACUGGUUUUGGGGGGUCCUGGGAGGGAUUUUGGGGGGAAUUUGGGGGUUUUC